ACAAACACAAGUAGAAGUUGAAAGCCAAAGGGGACCGAAAAACUCCCAGUUUAAAAAAUCUAUUUUGGUUUUUCUUCUCUGCGUCUAUUCCAUUAAAAGAAUACACAAAAAAAAAAGAAAAUACAUAAAAGGACAUUGGCCGUGAACUCGACAAAAAUAAAAUUGUUUCCCUUAGCGAACAGGGAAAUGAAUAAUUUUGACAAAAAGUUCUUCAAACAAAAAUAAAUCGAGAACUUCUGAAUUUCGAAAAACUUCCAAAAACAAUUUGAUAAUAUCUGAAAAAUGGACAACCAAGGGACACCGACUAAGAAACAACUGGCCGACAUGCACGAGAUGUUGCAUAAUCCCAAAGUGGACUACACGAUUAUUCGAGGGAAGAACGUGCUCGUCAGUCCCACCGAACAGCAGUACGAAUUGCUGAAGAAACGUCUCGAGGAGAGAACUCUGGACAGCCGAGGAGAGACUAUAUACGAGAUUGGAGUUGGUGAAGAUGGAAGUGACAGUGGACUGGACGAGGAAGAGUAUUCAGCUUCGGUGGCCACUUUGCAAUCACUGGCAACAACCAUAGACGCCGAUAUGGUACUCCUGAGGCAAAGAAAGGGUGAGAAAGGUCUGACCGGGCAAUAUUUAAUAAGAAAACGAGUAGACACAUCGGACUUUAUGGAGAUCCGAGUUGCAGUUGUAGGGAAUGUGGACGCAGGAAAGUCCACUUUGCUGGGUGUUCUGACACACGGGGAAUUGGAUAAUGGCCGUGGUCAUGCCAGACAGAGGCUAUUCCGUCACAAACACGAAAUGGAAAGCGGACGAACAAGUUCUGUGGGAAAUGAUAUUCUAGGAUUUGAUAGCAUAGGGAACGUGGUAAAUAAACCAGAUCAUGGAACUUUGGACUGGGUUAAGAUCUGUGAGAAGUCAGCCAAGGUUAUAACGUUCAUCGAUUUGGCAGGCCACGAGCGUUAUCUGAAGACGACAGUUUUUGGGAUGACUGGUCAUGCUCCAGAUUUUGGAAUGUUAAUGAUUGGAGCAAACGCUGGUAUAGUUGGAAUGACAAAGGAACAUCUAGGCCUCGCACUCGCCCUCUCUGUUCCAGUGUUCGUCGUAGUUACCAAAAUCGAUAUGUGUCCUCCAAAUGUUCUACAAGAUAAUCUUAAGUUACUUUUUAAGAUCCUCAAAUCACAAGGUUGUCGAAAGGUUCCGGUUAUGGUGAAGACCCCGGACGAAGUUGUCCUCAGUGCAACAAAUUUUGUCUCCGAGAGGCUAUGUCCCAUCUUCCUGGUGUCGAAUGUGUCGGGAGAGAAUCUUCAUCUGCUGAAGAUGUUUUUGAACUUACUAAGCACCCGAAACGCUGGCCAGGAUGAUCAGCCAGCUGAGUUCCAGAUCGAUGAUACAUACUCUGUGCCUGGCGUGGGAACAGUGGUGUCUGGCACUUGUCUGCAGGGAGUUAUCAAGUUAAACGAUGUACUCUUGCUGGGCCCAGAUCCCGUGGGGCAAUUCAUACCCAUAGCCAUCAAGAGUAUCCACCGGAAGAGGAUGAAUGUGAAAGAAGUGCGAGGAGGCCAAACGGCCAGUUUUUCGCUAAAGAAAAUCAAAAGAUCUCAAAUAAGAAAAGGAAUGGUGAUGGUGAGUCCUGAAUUGAAGCCACACGCAUGUUGGGAAUUCGAGGGGGAAAUCUUGGUGCUGCACCAUCCGACAACGAUAUUCUCACGGUACCAAGCCAUGGUCCACUGCGGAAGCAUCCGACAGACUGCUUCGAUUCUCACAAUGUCUCGAGAAUGUCUGCGAACAGGAGACAAGGCUCACGUGAAAUUCCGCUUCAUAAAGCACCCGGAGUACAUUAGACCCGGUCAGCGAAUGGUCUUCCGUGAGGGUCGGACAAAAGCAGUUGGAAACGUCCUCCGGCCGAUACCGAACUCAGUACCAGUCCAGCAUCGACCUAAGCCAAAUAAAAUGCAAGCCCGUGGUCAGCACAACCAAAAUCAAAACCAGAACCAGAAUCCAAAUGUCCAAGCAGCAACGCCAUCUAAAGAACAUCAUCAGCAACAGCAACAGCAACAACAACAGCAGCAGCACUCGGAUCUCAAGCAGAACUUGGAUGGUGUCCUGGAAGCAAGUGUUGACAAAAGAGACUUCAGCAGCUCGAAUGUACGAGGAGGCAAGCGAACGAAGCGACCCAAUGGACAUCAAGGUCAAGGUAAUGGAGUUUCUUCGUCCAACUCAGCAUCGGCGACAGCGUCAGCAGCAGCAACAGCGACAGCGGCGCCGUCGUCGUCACAAAAUACGUCACAAACUCAAUCAACUUCACAUAUCGCUGCCAAAGUGCAGUAAAUCAACAAAAACUUAGAAGCUGACGAGAGGAGCGGGAGAAGGUUUUAGAAGUGAUUUUGAUACAAAAGAAAAAACAAGGGAGAGUUUUCUCGGCGCAAAGCGAGUGGGAGAUUUUUAUGGAUUUAUAAUAAGAAAGAAAAAAAGUUUUGUUUUUGCCUAAAAUUAGAAAUGCUAAAUUUGUUCUUUUUGUUUAAAAGCAAUUUCUUCUUAAAACUUUCAUAUUUUGAAAUGAAAAAGUGUUAAAAAAAAAUUGAUAUGAAUUUACCCAAAAUGAAAUUAAAUUUAAUUUUAAACAA